AUGGCCGACUCGGGCAAGGAUGCCAAGUUCUUCCAGCGCGGUAAAGUCGACGAGCUUCGCACCGAGCUCAACGCCGACAAGAAGGACAAGGGGUGGGUUCGCAAGAAAGCUGUGCUCAAAAAGAUCAUCGCCAACGCUACAAUGGGCAACGACAUGUCUGCGCUCUUCACCGACGUCGUCCAAUGCAUGAACAUCCAAGUGCUCGAGAUCAAAAAGAUGGUCUACCUAUACCUCAUCAACUAUGCGAGGGCCAAACCGGAUCUCGUACCCAAUGCCGUGCCCGGUUUCCUGUCCGACUGCAACGAUCGAAACCCGCUGAUUCGAGCACUUGCAAUUCGGACAAUGUCGUAUAUACACGUUCCGACGGUAUUGGCGGCGUUGAUCGAUCCGUUGAGACACUCGCUCAAGGAUGCGGAUCCGUACGUGCGCAAGACGGCAGCGAUCUGCGUUGCGAAGCUCUACAUGCACGAUAAACGCUUGAUCGAGAAGCAUUCGUUCAUCGGUAUGCUCAGGGAUCUGCUCGCAGACGCGAACCCGACUGUCGUGGCGAAUGCGGUCGCAGCACUGGUGGAGAUCUCGGAGAGAUCCGACAACAUCCAACUCAAACUCAACCUCACCAUCGCUUCCAAGCUCGUCUCCGCCCUGGCAGAGUGCUCGGAAUGGGGUCAGACGUACAUCCUCGAAGCGCUCAUGUUCUUCGUUCCCUCCGACUUUGCCGAUGCCGAGAUCCUGGCGGAACGCAUCGCGGUUCGUCUGCAGCACGCCAACUCUGCCGUCGUCCUCACCGCCACCAAGGUGAUCCUCUAUCUGAUGAACUACAUCGCCAGUGCAGAAUUCAAAGAGUCGCUGUGUCGAAAACUCUCGCCACCACUGGUGACACUGCUGUCUUCCGGACCGGAAGUGCAGUACGUUGCGCUGAGGAACAUCCUGCUGGUUAUCCAGAGACGUCCCUUGGUGCUGCAGAACGAGGUCAAGGUGUUCUUCUGCAAGUACAACGAUCCCAUCUACGUCAAGAUGGCCAAACUCGAGAUCAUCUAUCGACUGGCUAACGAGAGGAACGUCGAGCAGGUCUUGGCCGAGCUGCGCGAGUACGCUUCCGAGGUGGAUGUGGAUUUCGCGAGGAAGGCGGUGAGAAGCAUCGGACGGCUGGCGAUCAAGAUCGAGUCUUCGGCGGAUCGAUGUAUCCAAGCGCUGCUUGGGUUGAUACAGACAAAGGUGAACUAUGUUGUGCAGGAGGCGAUCGUGGUGAUCAAGGAUAUCUUUAGGAAGUAUCCGAAUCGGUACGAGAGCGUCAUCUCGACGCUGUGCGAGAACCUGGAUAGUUUGGACGAGAGCGAGGCGAAGGCGGCGAUGAUCUGGAUCAUUGGCCAGUACGCGGAUCGCAUCGAGAAUUCGGACGAGCUGUUGGAGGAUUUCCUCUACACCUUCUUGGAAGAACCCGUGGAGGUUCAACUGGCGUUGUUGACCGCAACGGUCAAGCUGUUCUUGAAGAGACCGACGGCGGGUGGGGAAUUGGUGCCGAAAGUUCUCAAGUGGGCGACGGAAGAAGUGGAGAAUCCGGACUUGAGGGACAGAGGGUUCAUGUACUGGAGGUUGCUCUCUACGGAUCCGGAAGCCGCGAGAGAGGUGGUGUUGGGUGGCAAGCCUGCGAUCAGUACCGAGACGGAUAGGAUGGACAGACAGCUCCUGGACCAGCUGCUGUUGCACGGCGCGAGUCUCGCGAGCAUCUUCCACCGACAACCGCAGACGUUUAUCAGGAACGCAAAGGCGAGGUACGUCCCAGACAGUCCGGCGUUGGACGAGAGUGCUAGGAGGUACGCUAGCGCGCAUCUGUACAGCAAGCCGUUGGCUAGGGCGCCAGUGCUGAACACGGUGGGAGAAAAGAAAGCGGAAAAGCUGCCGGUGUAUAGUGGAGAUGCGAAGGAGUCGAAGGUGGGUGGGGAUGCGAAGAACAAGGUCGCUGAUGUGCAUGAGGAGGAGAAUCAAGAAGACGAAGAAGAGGAGACAGCCUUGAAUGGGGCCGCUUCGAACGGCAGAUACACCGCUGUCGGUGGUGACGAUGGGGAAGAAGCAGAUCCGUACGCCAUGUUGGCGGACGACUUUGGUUCGGCGUCCAAUGCGAGAUACCAGGCCGACCGACCGACGCCCAACCCAUCUUUCCUCGACUAG